CUGAUUUACAUGUUAUAGGAAAGGAUCGUGGGUACAUGACGCCGUAGUUUUUUUUUCUUCUCUACAUACUCUUGUGUGUGUCUUCCUGCACGUACCCGAGCUACUUAUUGAGGGUCGUUCUUGCACGGCGUAGCGAUCAGUUACGAUCGGGAUUUUGUGACGACCAGACGACAAAAGUGUUCAAAGCUGACUUCGACAAUAUAGCUGCUCACCGUGGAGCUCUCUAGUGUGACGAGUGAUUUUCGCUGGCAAAUGCAUACGCAUCACUGUACUUGGGUAAAGAACUUAGCCAGAAGUGUUAACAAACGACUGCACUGGGUGGAAGUGCUGGACAAGGGGUAAACGAAGAAAUCGAAGACAAAUGGCGCCAAAUCAGCGUGACCUCGAGACGGCCUCGCUGCUGCUCGCAGCCGACAGUAACAACAACAGCAGCAUCGAUCGAAACGGCAACGAAGAUGAUCGGCUGAAGCCGUCGCUCCUGGAAGCUGCGCUUCGGAACAAUAUGCGAUACUACGGAUCUACGACGAAUCAAUGGCAGAAGAUAGUGCGAUACGAUCCGCUCCAGCAUCGGAAGCUGGAGCACCCUACGUCGAACCUGGACACUUUGAUUCACAUGUUGAAUGGGAACUUGGGCACGGGGAUCCUGGCGAUGCCCGACGCCUUCAAGAACGCCGGCCUGUAUGUGGGAUUCUUCGGAACAAUGGCCAUGGGCGUAAUCUGCACCCACAGUAUGCACACGUUGGUGAAGGUGUCGCACGAACUCUGCCGACGGUACCAGGUUCCGUCCAUGUCAUUCUCCGAGGUAGGCCGAUAUGCCCUGGAAUCCGGUCCCAGCAGCGUACAGCGAUUCGGACGCCUCAUUGGAAUUCUCAUCAACAUCUUCCUCAUCAUUAUGCAGCUCGGAUUCUGCUGCGUGUACUUUCUCUUCGUAGCCGUCAAUCUCCAUGACUUCCUGGAGUACAUCUCCAUCAAGACCGACGUGUUCACGGUCCUUGCCGGCAUACUCCUUCCCCUGAUCGCCCUGAACAUGAUCCGUAGCCUGAAGCUUCUAACCCCUACGUCCAUGAUAGCUUCCUUCUUGGCCAUCUCCGGUAUAACGAUCUCGUUCAUGUUCCUGCUCAAGGAUCUCCCGCGCAGCACAUCGGUGGCACCGGCGUCGAGCUGGAGCACGAUCCCGCUGUACUUUGGAACCGUCAUGUACGCUUUUGAAGGGAUCGGGGUGAUCCUGCCGCUGGAGAACAACAUGAAAACGCCGAGGGACUUUUGCCGCUGGAACGGUGUGCUCAAUACCGGUAUGACGAUCGUAGUGUGUCUCUACUCGGCCGUUGGAUUCUACGGUUAUCUGAAGUACGGCGACGCUGCCGAGGGCAGCAUCACACUCAAUCUGCCGAGUCAUUUGUUUUUGGCCGAGCUGGUCCGGCUUCUGAUGGCCGUAGCUGUAUUCGCUUCCUACGCCCUGCAGUUCUACGUCCCCGUAUCGAUCCUCGGUCCGGUCGUGAGGCGGCAGUUCGGAUCACAUCGGGCCCAGGAUUACGCCGAAUACGCCCUGCGCGUGGCCCUCGUCCUGGUGACGUUCACCCUAGCGGCCAUCAUCCCCAAUCUGGGGGCGUUCAUUUCGCUGGUCGGAGCCGUUAGCACAUCGACGCUGGCGUUGGUUUUCCCACCGCUGCUGGAGAUUGCCACGUUUUGGCCCAGCCGGCAGUACGGCCGAUGGAACUGGAUCCUGUGGAAGGACCUGCUGAUGGCGGCGUUCGGGUUGAGUGGGUUCCUGAUUGGAACCAGCACGAGCGUAGUUGAGAUUAUUACGGAAUGGGAGUAGGACCUACGGAAAGUUAGGUUUGUGACAUUAGUUUUGUUACCUAUUAUUGUGAUUAUGUGUGUUGACAUCGGAACAAAUGUGUUCAGUGUUUUAGAUAUGUUUCGUUUUCCAUUAUUUAUAUUAUUUUAAAAUAUACAAACAUGACA